CCUGAAUUCAACAUUGUGAUAUGAAGGUUAUGUUGUUUUUUCUUCGUUAAAACAUCGGCGUUAUUGAGCAAGCAUCUGCAAUAAAAGAAGAGCAUGCGGGGAAGGUUCGCUGGGAUUCACUAAUCUACGCGUCACGGGAAUGCUAGAUUAAUCUCCGCACCAGCUGUCAGAACAAAUGAGUUCCAGUUGUGCUGCUCAGUUGCUCAGAUGAGCUACGUGACAACACACCGCAACACACUUGAAAGAGGCGCGACGAAUGCAGGGGUUUGGUUUGGCACGGUUUUGAGCACAGACAGUGAAUGGUGUUUGAAUUAGAUUUAAUUUGUUAUUGUAUUGUCUUCAAAACGCAUUAAAAAUGGGGCACGGUUGUUGUGAAUGGUGGCGAUUAAUUACUAGUGCUAUAGGGACAAUUGUAGGAAUAGCUAUGUUUAUUUUAUUUUUCAUUGUGUGGGGCAAUCAUGCUGCUGGUGUCUGGGCAUUAUUUACAGGAGUGUUUGCUGCAGUUUGUUUUCAUUUAACAUAUUUACACUUCCGUGACUUGCUGGAAACAUGGCACAAUGUGGAAACUUUACAAGGAAUGACACUGUUAGGAGUUCUGGUUUCACUUGCAGGAGCAGCUGGUUUUGCGUGGUAUAUUUUUGUGGCUGUGUACUACCAAAUACGUUAGUAUUCAUAGUGAACUUAAAUUUACACAUUAAGUAUCAACUCCAAUCAUGUUCUUGCUACAUCUUGAUUCUUUAACUAAUAUCUGUUUACAAUCACAAAUAGCACCACAAUAUUCUUUGCACCAACACUAUAAUGCAAUUACUACCACAAUAAUGAACUCCAAAAUAUUUGCAAACAUUGACAGUGGCAGAAAAGAUGAAAUGGAGCAAUCACAUAUUUUUCUAAUCAUUAUAAUUAUUACAGAAAGAAAAGAAAAUAAGAAAAAAAGUAUUUUUUCAAUAAUGUGUAUAUUAUAUAUACAUUGUUGAUGUAUAUAAUAUUGGUGACCUGUCAUUUGUUUAUUCUUUCAGCAUUAUUUUUCUGAAUGUCUGAAAUAAAAAUUGAAAAUUUCAGGUGGUUAUGUUCUCUUUUUUUAAUAAAUUGGCCUUCUAAAGACCACCAAUAAUUUUUCAUCACUUCUUUGUGUGCAUCUUUUUUGGGAGUUUUUUCUCAUUCUGUCUCUCAGUUGUUCUUUUCUUUCUCCAGCCCACAGUGCACCUAUCUUCCUUCCAACUUUUUCCUGUAAACUUAUGAAAAUGGUUAAAUUUUCCUCUGUAGUGUGUCAAAAUGUUUUGUGUGUUUGGUUUGUAAUGAUUUGAAUAUUAUUGCAAAAAAUUAUAGUGUUAAAUUAUUACGAAUAAUUUGACAAAAGCAGAUUGAAUGAAAAUGUAGUUUUGUGCAGGUCUAGUAAAAUGUAGGAUUACAAAUUAGUCAGCAAACGUUACUUAGAAAUUGAUUAGAGAAAUAAUGUAGGUACUUGAAGAGAAUAUAUUAGUUGCAGGUUUGGGAAAACUCACUGAAUUUUUGCAAAUGAUGAAUUUGUCAUGAAGAUCCAUCUGGUCAAUUUGUACUACCUUUAUGCAAGUGCAGUAUUUGCAAGACAGUACAGUUCAUAAUCUUUAAUCGAACAGGUGAAUUGUCAACAGAAAUGUAAAAUAUUGUAAUUUUAUAUCAUUCAUAUUUCUUCUACUCUUGAAAAAUGGUAUGGAAUUUACUUCUCAGAAGUAGAAAAGAGUACUGUGCUGAUGAGUCUGGAUCAAUUCUUAAUCCUGAACUUCUUUAUUGGUAACAAAAAACUUCAGUAAUGGUUUCAUAGUACAAUUUCAGACAUAAGAACCAAAAAUUUAUAUAGCCUACAGUGCAGCAGCAAAAAAAAAAAAAAAAAAAAAAAUGAAGAGAAAAAAAACAAAUU